AACCCUUGUGGCUCCGCAGGAGGCGGAGAGGCUGCGAGAGAGUCUAGCAGAGGGCUGAUCCAGACGUGCUCCGGGUGAGGGGAGGGGCUCUUCCCGGGCAAAGGGAGGCAAAGGACCCGUGCCCGGCCCUACUGCGGGGUCAAUCCCGGAUCCCAUGCUCCUCAGCCGCCCUCUCCAUGCAGGGGGAAGCGGAGCUGCAGAGUAGCAGCAGCAGAACAACCGGGGAUCCCAGGAAAGUAUAGAAAGUGGAAGCCUUUUGGACUUGAUCGCAGGUAAAAUUAUCUCUUGGAGAAAAAGAGCUGAAUGGCUGCCUGCGAUCAUUCCAGUGAAUGUAGGAUCGGUUCUAUGAAUGAAAAGGCAUUUGGAGAUCCGCAAUAUCCCUUGGACCCAAUGGGAGUUACGUUAGAGGAGAGAGACAGAAGAACGGAGACAACACUUUUAGCAAGUGAGAGAACUGGAAAAGGCUCUUCUGCUGGACAGUUUGGGAUCUAUGGGGAGAUGUGGGCAAGAACUGGGCAGAUGAUUCUGGAGGAGGAAACCAUCAUCUCUUCAAAAAUUCAGCCCUGGAACUUGAGGAGCCUCCAAUACCAGGAGGCUGAGGGUCCCCGAGGACUUUGCAGUCGUCUCCACGACUUCUGUAGACAAUGGCUGAGACCAGAAAAACACACCAAAGCUCAGAUGCUGGACCUGGUUGUUCUGGAGCAGCUCCUGGUUCUCCUUCCCCCAGAGAUGGUGAGUUGGGUGCGAGAGUGUGGAGCAGAGUCCAGCUCCCAGGCGGUGGCUCUGGCAGAAGGCCUCCUCCUGAGCCAAGCAGAGAAGCGGAAGGAACAGGUCAAGUUGCAGUCCUUUGCUCUGGAGAUCAGAGAUCCUGAGGGAAGGAGGAAUCUAUCAAAUCCCUCUCAGGAGCUGCUUUGCGGGAGGAUAUCUCAGGAAGAUCCAAGUCAGGACAUCUCAGGAGGGAAGACUCAAAUGAAGUUUUCUGCUCUUUAUGAUGGAGAUGAAACAACGGUUGAACUUCCAACUCAAGAGGGUCCAGUGUCUUAUGAAGAGGUGGCUGUGUAUUUCUCCGAGGAGGAGUGGUCUCAGCUGGAUGCUCACCAAAAAGUUCUGCAUUGGGAAGUCAUGCUGGAAAAUCAAAGGAAUGUGGCCUCUCUAUGUAAUGAUGGGCAGGAGAGUAAAGAUUCUGGAGAACCAUUCCCAAUGAUGAGCUCUGGAGACGGAAUGCAGAAGAACCAACCGGUGCAAACACAACUAGGAAGCCAUGAGCAAAAACUGUUAAAUAAUUGGAAUCAGGGAAGCUUAUCUUCUAUUGAGGCUCUGAUGAAAGACUUUCUUGCCCACGAAGGGAAAACAGAGAAGAAACAUUUUGAGAAACGUGUGCGGCAAUUAAAAAAUAAAUCAGAUGUAAAUGAACACUAUCCAAUGCAAACCAAAGGACAAGCUCAUGUGCAAAGAGACAAUGGGAAAAAAUUCAGUUGCACUUGGUCUUUUGGUCAUAAAAAGGGAUCCGGUACAUCUAAAAAAAAAUUUCACCCAGGAGAGAAGCCAUAUAAAUGCGUGGACUGUGGAAAAAGCUUCUGUGAAAAUGGUUCUCUUACUAUUCAUAAAAGGAUCCACACAGGAGAGAAGCCAUAUAAAUGUUUGGAGUGUGGGAAGAGUUUCAGGAGAAGCAGUCAAUUUACUUCCCAUAAAUGGAUCCACACAGGGGAGAAGCCGUAUAAAUGCAGUGUAUGUGGAAAGGGCUUCUGUGAAAAUGCAUCCCUUCUGAAACAUGAAAGGAUCCACACAGGGGAAAAGCCAUAUAAAUGCAGAGAGUGUGGAAAGACCUUCAUUCAGAGCAGUCAUCUUACUUCCCAUAAAAGGAUUCACACGGGGGAGAAGCCAUAUAAAUGUAGAGUAUGUGGAAUGAAUUUCAGCAGAUGUGGAUCCCUUACUUUCCAUAAAAGGAUCCACACAGGGGAGAAGCCAUAUAAAUGUGUGGAGUGUGGGAAAAACUUUAUUAAAAGGAGUGUACUGACUUCCCAUAAAAGGAUUCACACAGGAGAGAAGCCAUAUAAAUGUUUGGAGUGUGGAAAGGCCUUCAGUCAACAGGGUAAUCUUGCCUCCCAUGAAAGGAUACACAGUGGGGAGAGGCCUUACAAAUGCCGAGAGUGUGGAAAGACCUUCUCUGAAAACGCAUCGCUUACAAAGCAUAAAAGGACCCACACAGGGGAAAAACCAUAUAAUUGUUUGGAGUGUGGGAAAGGUUUUGGUACUAGUAGUAAUCUUAAUUCCCAUAAAAGAAUCCAUGCAGGGGAAAAGCCAUAUAAAUGCAUGGAGUGUGGAAAGACUUUCACUAAUAGCAGCCAACUUACUUCCCAUAAGUGGAUCCACACAGGGGAGAAGCCAUAUAAAUGUGCCAAGUGUGGAAAGGCCUUCAGUCAACAGGGCAAUCUUACCUCCCAUGAAAGGAUGCACAGUGGAGAGAGGCCUUUUAAAUGCCCAGAGUGUGGAAAGAGCUUUUUCGAGAAUGCAUCCCUUACAAAACAUAUAAGGAUCCACACUGGGGAAAAACCGUAUCACUGCUUAGAGUGCGGAAAGAGUUUUACUACCAAAAGUAAUCUUAAUUCCCAUAAAAGAAUCCAUGCAGGGGAGAAGCCAUAUAAAUGCAUGGAAUGUGGGAAGACUUUUACUCAAAGCAGUAAUCUUACUUCUCAUAAAAGAAUCCAUAUAGGCGAUAAACCUUAUAAAUGCAUGGAAUGUGGAAAGGGCUUCUGUGAAAAGGCACCUCUUAUGAGACACAAAAGGAUCCAUUUGGAAGAGAAGUCAUAUAAAUGCAUGGAGUGUGGAAAGUGCUUCUGUCAAAAGUCAUCUCUUAUGAGACACAAAAAGAUCCAUACAGAGGACAAGGGUGCAGAGUGUGGAAAAAGUUUCAGGACAAGGGAUGGCCUAAUUUCCCAUACACAGAUCCAUCUGGGAAAGAAGCCACAUAAAUGCAUGGAGUGUGGAAAGAGCUUUAGUAGGAACACUUCCCUUACAUGUCAUAAGAGGAUCCACACAGGAGAGAAACCCUAUAAAUGCCUGGAGUGUGGAAAGAGAUUCACUUUUAGUACUUCUCUUACUUCGCAUUCCCGGAUCCAUACAGGAGAGAAGCCAUAUAAAUGCAUGGAGUGUGGACAGAGCUUUACUUCGAGCAACAGUCUUGCUUCCCAUAAAAGGAUCCAUACAGGGGAAAAGCCGUAUAAAUGCAUGGAGUGUGGAAAAAGCUUCUCCCUUAGCAGUUCUCUUACUUCGCAUUACCGGAUCCAUACAGGGGAGAAGCCCUAUAAAUGCAUGGAGUGUGGAAAGAGCUUCUCUCUUAGCAGUUCUCUUACUUCGCAUUACCGGAUCCAUACAGGGGAGAAGCCCUAUAAAUGCAUGGAAUGUGGAAAGGCCUUUACUCGGAGAAGGAGUCUUACUUCCCAUAAAAGGAUCCAGCAACGGAAUAAGAUGUAUAAAUGCAAGGACUGUGGAAAGAGCUUUUCUACAAACUGUCAACUUACAGGUCAUAAGAAGAUCCACAUAGGAGAGAAGCCCUAUGAAUGUAUGGAGUACGCAAACAGCUUCAGCUCACUCAGAAAUCCUUUACAUGAAAGAAUCCACGCAGGGCAAAGGCCUUAUAAAUGCAUGGAGUGUGGAAAGUCCUUUAUACAGAGAAUUCAUCUAAGUUCACAUACAAGAAUCCACACAGCAGAGAAGCCCUAUAAGUGCAUGGAAUGUGGAAAGAGCUUCUUAUCCAGUAAUUCUCUUACUUCCCAUUACUCGAUCCAUACAGGGGAGAAGCCAUAUAAGUGCACAGAAUGUGGAAAGAGCUUCUCUCAAAGUUCUUCUCUUUCUCUUCAUCAACGGAUUCACACAGGAGAAAAGCCCUAUAAAUGCAUAGAAUGUGGAAAGAGUUUCCCUAAGAACAGUGAUCUUAUUAUACAUUCAAAGAUCCAUACAGGGGAGAAGCCACAUAAAUGCCUGGAGUGUGGAAAGAGCUUUGUUAAGAACAGUCAACUUAUUUACCAUAGUAGGGUCCAUACAGGGGAGAAGCCCUAUAAAUGCAUGGAAUGUGGAAAGAGCUUCCCUAAGAACAGUGAUCUUAUUGCACAUAUAAAGAUCCACACAGAGGAGAAGCCGCAUAAAUGCAUAGUGUGUGGAAAGAGCUUUAUUAAGAACAGUCAACUUAUUUACCAUAGUAGGAUCCAUACAGGGGAGAAGCCCUAUAAAUGCAUGGAGUGUGGAAAAUGCUUUACUCAAAGACAUCAUCUUAUUUCCCAUAACUGGAUCCAUAUAGGGGAGAAGCCUUAUAAAUGUCUGGAGUGUGGAAAGAGCUUUUGUGAAAACAUUUCUCUUACCGUUCAUAAAAGGAUCCACACAGGGGAGAAACCAUAUAAGUGCUUGGAAUGCGGAAAGAGCUUCAGAACAAGCAGUCAUCUUACUUAUCAUAACGGGAUCCACACCGGGGAGAAGCCUUAUAAAUGCACGGAGUGUGGAAAAGCCUUUAUUAAAAACAGCCAUCUUAUCUCCCAUGCACGAAUCCACACAGAAGAAAAGCCAUAUAAGUGCACGGAGUGUGGAAAGAGUUUCAGAGAGAGCCGUUCCCUUACAUCUCAUAAAAGGAUCCACACAGGAGAGAAGCCAUAUCAAUGCACAGAGUGUGGAAAGGCCUUUAUUCAAAGCAGUCACCUUACUUCCCAUAAGUGGAUCCACACAGGGGAGAAGCCAUAUAACUGCAUGGAGUGCGGAAAGGGCUUCAGCCAAAGGAGUUCCUUUAUUUCCCACAACUGGAUCCACACAGGGGAGAAGCCAUAUAAGUGCCUUGAGUGUGGAAAGGGCUUUAUUAAGAGCAGUCAUCUUACCUCCCAUAAAAGAAUCCACACAGAGGAGAAGCCAUAUAAGUGCACGGAGUGUGGAAAGAGUUUCAGAGAGAGCCGUUCCCUUACCACUCAUAAAAUGAUCCACACAGGAGAGAAGCCAUAUCAAUGCACGGAGUGUGGAAAGACCUUUAUUCAGAGCAGUCAACUUACUUCGCAUAAAAGGAAACACACAGGGGAGAAGCCAUAUCACUGCAUGGAGUGCGGAAAGAGCUUCAGUCAUAAUAGUUCCUUUACUUCCCAUAAAAGGAUCCACACAGGGGAAAAGCCGUACAAAUGCAUGGAGUGUGGAAAGGGGUUCAGUCAAAGGAGUUCCUUUACUUCCCAUAAGAGAAUCCACACAGGGGAGAAGCCUUAUAAAUGUGUAGACUGUGGAAAGGACUUCACUACAAGCAGUUAUCUUAACUCUCAUAAAAGGAUCCACACAGGAGAGGAGCUCUUCAAGUGCAUGGAGUGUGGAAAAGGCUUCUGUCAAAUUUCAUCCCUUAUGAGACACAAAAGAAUCCAUUCAGGGGAAAAGCCAUAUAAAUGUGUGGAGUGGGAAAAUGACCUAAUUUUCCAUACACAGAUCCAUUUUGGUGCAAAUCCAUUUAAAUUCCAGAUUUAGUUGGUGAAAUCUAUGCAUUUCCUAUUUGUUUAUAGGAAGUGGGGUGGGGGUGGGGGUUGAGUCUGCACUCGCAACUGGAAACCCCAGAGAUAAAAUUACCGAUGGAAACACAAACAAUGAACACACCUGUUUUAAUACUAGUGUGGAUUUUUCAUAUUAGUGUCAAUAUGACGGUGGCAAACACUAUUUUAUAUAAAUAAUGAAAAUCUUUUUUUUCUUUAAGUUAACCUUGUUUCCAAAUAGGGUCAAUUCCAAGAAAAUGUCUGUUUUAAUUAUCUCAGAUUCUGGACUAUGCAAUUUUAUAUAAGAUGUCAAUAUUGUAGACUUGCAAGGGAAUUUUUCACAAAUUGUUUUCUACUUGAUCCUCAUUGUGGAAGAGUUAUCAACAGGUAGACAAUUUACAUCUACCCUCUUCCCAGAAAUAGAAGCAGUAAAAUUCCCAAGACACUUCUUCAAAAUGCUUUAUUCUUCCUUCAACUAUGGAAGACAUGCAGAUGGAAGUUCACUUAAUCCAUAGCCACUUCCCAUAAUUCAAACUUUUUACCUAGUCUUUCCCCCUCCUUUCUCAUUCCUUAAUAUGUUCAUAGUUUAUCAGCAGACAUUCACUUCUCUGUCCUCCCAAAUGACCAUGUGGAGAAUUGAAUCUUGACAUACAUGUUGAUGUAGACUGUGGAAAGAGAUUCAGGAUGUCGAAUUCUCUCACAAAAAAGGAAUAAAAAAGAUAAGCCUCUCAAAUGCCUGUGCAAAAGACUUUUCAAGCAUCAGAGAUGUUAUAUCUAUUGUGUCAC